GCGGCGGGCGGCGCCCCCUAUAAACAUCGACGCGGCCGCCGCGUUGGCCCUUCCCCAAUUCCCCACCCCCAAUUCCCCUCCCUCCGGGUAGCUCCUCCCUCCGCGAGAUUCCAACCGGCGAGGAGGAGCCAACCCCCAAUUCCCCGUCCCAAUCCCCCAUCCGAAUUCGCCAGGUCCGGAGAUUGAUUGCUCCGGCUCGCUCGAAUCCGACGGGGCACGUUCUACUAGCCGGCCGUUCGUUCGUCGGGAUGAUGCUGGUGGCCAAGGAGUUCGGCGCGCUGUCCCCGCCGGGCGCGGCGCAGCGGAGGUGGGCCCCGCCGUCCACGGCGAGGGUUUCGCCGAGGGGCGGGUCGCCGGUCGCGGUGGGGGACCUCUGGCUGCGGACGCGGGGAGGGGGGGACGGGCCCGGGAGUGGGAGUAGCCAGCACGGGAGCCACGAGAGCGACAUGGACCUGGCCAUGCUCGUCAGCGACUUCCUCGAGGGCGGCCCCGGCGGCGCCUGCGGUGACUCGCGCGGCAGCAGCGACGGCGAGCCCGGCGGCCUCCACGACCUCGCCCACCUCGCCGACAAGAUCUCGAUGUACAAGCAAGCUGGCGACGACAAGGAAAACGAGCUGCUCUCCGUGGUUCACUCGCUGCUCUUCUCCAUCCACGAGACGGAGCUCCAGGAUUUCGUUAGAGGUCAAUGCACUGGCAGCUGCAUCCGUCAUCUGCUCGUGAAGCUCCUGAGGUACUCGGGAUACGACGCGGCCGUCUGCGUGUCCAAAUGGCAGGGCUUCGACAAGAUACCUGGAGGUGAUCAUGAGUACAUUGAUGUCAUAGUGGACAAUGACCUGACGGGUCCAGAGCGUCUGAUCAUCGACAUCGACUUCAGGAGCCACUUUGAAAUAGCCAGAGCAGUCGAUCCUUACGGCACUCUGCUGGACUCGCUCCCGGUGGUCUAUGUCGGCACCCUUCCCAGGCUGAAGCAGUUCCUGAACGUGAUGGUCGACGCGGCGAAAUGGUCCCUGAAGCAGAACUCCAUGCCCCUGCCGCCCUGGAGAUCCCUGUCCUACCUCCAAAUGAAGUGGCACUCCAAGUACGAGAGGAGAGGCCUGCACUCCGAGCAGCAAGACUUCUUCCAGGGCGCAUCCCCGAGCCACGUGCUGUGCUUCGGGCAUCUGAAGAGGCUGAAAUCCUCGUUGCGGCUGGAGCUCGAGACCGCAAGGCGGCUCAUGAUGCCGGUCAAUAUCCAGAUCGGCUCCAAGAGGACGGCAAUGUACGAGAGGCGGCGUAGGCGCUCCCUGCUCAGCUUCUGAUGCUUCUUGGACGCAGAAGAAUUUUUUUGGGGAAAAAAAGGAGAGGGCCUUUCUUUUUUGCGGGAUUUUGACAGUUAUUAUGGGAGGUAGACGGUGGGUGCUAAGCACUAACAGGGGUUGAGAGUGCAGAUUACAUGCCAGUUUUUUUUUCUGAAGGCAUAUAUACAAAAGGGAAAAAAUACACAAAAUUCUUUUUCGAUUUCAUUUUUGUUUUCUUGGGCGAAAGAUGGAUGCUGGUGAUGAACCCGCUAGCAUGCCAUGUAUGUACAACUGAGAGUUGUUACAAAGUUUUCCCCUUACCUUAUAUCGAUUUUUGAUCAUACGGAUGUGUCAUGUCGCGUUCGUCCUCCUACUAUGUGUGUAUGUAUUGUGAAGAAUUAUUAUAUAUGUUGUUGUGCUC